UGGUAACAGGAUUUUUGUUCAAUUAUCACAUUUUACGAUUGAAGUGUGAGUGUCAUAUCAAUUUAGAGUUUUUAUUUUGAUUUGUACUUCAUUUAGUGUAAUAUAUAAGCUGUGGAAUGUAUAUACUUUGAUAUUGACCAAUUUUGCUUUUAAAUUUUCUUGUAUUUGUUGCGUUGGCUACAUUUUCGUUCGGAUCUCUCUUAGGCACCCCGGAGAAUCCAAACAGACCAUAAAUUUAGCUCACAAAUAUUUACAUUUGCCGCGCCGGGGUUUAUCGAAAUAAAUUUAAACAAAGAUUUUAAAUAAAUUAUAAUAUUAUUCAGUAGUUAAUAUAUUAAUAAUAAACUUAUCGUUAAUAUUAUUAUUUUUUUAAGUAAAAUGAAUCGUAGAACUAGUGAUUCAAGUAAAUCAUCAGUUAAAAAUGCUAGAUGUUGUGCAAAUGAGGUUAUCAAAGCUAAAAAUACAUCUAAUUUACCUAAAUCAAGCUCUAGUGGUGUCGUAGUUCUUGAUAAUGAGACGACUACUGUUGAAGUUACAGUUAAAAAAAGAGGGAAAAAAAGUUCAUCAAAUGUUGACAAAGUGACAGUAAGCAAUGAAAAAUUAUCUGGUGACAAAAAACAAUCUCAUGGAUUUGAAAAUCAUCACUGGAGUAGAAUUUUACGCGAGCAAAAUUUAUCAACGCUCAAGCAAAAUUAUCGUCCGUGUUUAGCUAAAUCCCAGCAGGAAUUAAAAACCAUCCAAAGACAACGGUCAUCUGAAAAUAUUUAUGAAAGAGAAACUAAAAAAUUAACUAACCAAAGAAAUUCAUCGAAAAACCACAAUAACAAUAAUAAUGAUUCAAUGGAUGACAUUUCGUCAAAACAAAUUACGCCAAAAAAAUUGAAUCGUGAUAAUAGAUAUUCUUACAACGGAGGAAUGCCAUCAGCUACGUCAACAAAUAGUAACACUGAGUCGGUAUUUGUAGUUGAUCGUGGUGUUCAAUGUGGUGGUAUUUAUGACGGAACAAAUGAUAAUUUUCGUAAAUUAAAUCCUGUUAGAACUUUAGCAUUUUUAAUGAAAGAAUUAGAAAUUAUUAUUGGUGGUGGUAGAGCUGGUGAAAUUUUAACUGAAAUGGAAGAUGCUCUUUUACGAAUUCCUGUUGAAUCAGGACAACCAUCUCACAUGGACUUAGAAACAAUUGCUGCUAAAGCUAAAUUAGAAGCUAAUAUAGCGAAAUUAGAAUCAACUUGUAAGACAAUGGAAGAGGGAUACAAAUCUGUUCGUAAAGAGAAUACAAUACUUCAACAACGGAUCCAAGAAUUAUCAGGACUAUUGAAACAAACGAAACAGCAAGAAAGUGAAUUAGAAUGUGAAAUAAAACGAUUACGUACUGAUUUAAAUGAAGCAUUAAAAAAUGAUUUGGCAAGCAGAAAACUUAUAAAUGAAUUACGAGAAGAGAAUAGACAGAUUGGUGUAUUAAAAAAAGAAUUGAAGGACGAAAUGGAAUUGACGCAUUACUUAAAAUUAGAAAAAGAAAAAUUGACGAUAAUGUCUUCUUAUAAAGACGCUGAAUUUAUUAAGCUUCGUAAUGCUAUCAAAGAGUUGCAAAAUAACAUUGCUGAUCAGUUAGUGGGUCUGAGAGAAUUCCCAACAGAUAACGGAGUGAUACUUCCGGAUCAUCAUUCCACAAUGAUUGCCGGUAAAACUGUUUGUUCAACUCCAUCGCCAACGUUACACAAAUCACCUGAAGCACAAGUAUGGCGAAAUAGAUCUGAUUUAUCAGACUCCACGAUCAAUCCACGUGAUUCAAAUGCACCUGCAACUCAUCAACAAAUACCACUAUCCAAUACAAAUAACGAGACUAACAAUGAUAAAUUUCAAGAAAAAACUCAUUUAGAAUUUAUUAGUCUUGCUGGCGAGGAAUCUUUGCAUUCAUUAUCAUCAAAAAGUAAUCAUGAUUUAAAAAGUAUUGAUGAAGUGGAUACAAGUAAAAAUAAUAAUGAAUCACAAGAUAAACGAACAAAAAUAAAUUCAAAGUUAAAUAAAGUAAUAAGUAAAAACAAAUCCAAAUUACGUGGUGAUAGUAAAUUACAAUUAACUAAUGAUAAUGGUUAUCAUGAUAGUAAUAUGUAUUCAGUUAAUUUUAUAGACAAAGAUAUGGAGAACGAAAUUAAAAUAAUGUAUGAAAAUAUGAGACAGAAAAUACGAAUUCCUGUUAACGUACCAAGUCCGCCACGUAAUUUUCCAAAUCCCGAUUGGAGUGACAGUACAUUGCCUACGAUGAGUAUAUCAGAGUCGACCUCUGCUUGAUAAAAUUAAAAAAAAAAUAAAAAUUAAAUAAUUUUUUUAUUACUAUGUUAAAAAAUUUAUUUCCUUAUUUUUUUAUUCGUAGUUUUUAAUUUAUUAUCAUUUCU